UCGUGCAAGCGAGGCUGUACCGCAAGCGCCUCUGUCCGCCGUCUGUGUUUUCCGCGUUUGUUCGCCUGUGUAGCGUGUUGGCGUUUGAAACGAAAAAAGCCGCCACAAUAGCGCUCGAAACAUCAUAGAUCAUCUUAAAAGUCAUGGAAACUAGAGCAGGUAAAGGGCGUCCACUUCUUAUCUCUCCUGACAUUAAAGAAAAGAUGAGACAUAUUAUUCACAAGGAUCCAGAAAUAUCUUCAAAGAAUCUUUUAAAUAAGAUUAACAAUCGCUUUGGAGUGAAGUUGAGUAUGCCAAUAUUAAUCAAGGCAAGGCAAUCAAUACAUUUUGAGCAGACAACAGGGAAAUCUCGACUAAAAAGGGUUAUUACGGCCGAUGGUUCAUCACCUGGUAAAAGUGUGAAAAUGAGAAGGAUUGGUGACAAUGGCAAGGAUUCAAAUGAUGGAGAAGCUUCUGUUCAGUCACCUAAGCAAUCCAGUUCCAAGGAAUGUGAUGGUUGGCAUGACGGUAGUGUACCAAGUAUGACAAGUCCUUAUUCAUAUGACGCCAGAACUAAAGAUGAUGAUAUCGCUAAGCAAACAGGUCAAGUAAAAGAUGAAACAGUGACAUCUCUUGAAUCAAUCAUCAGAGAGAUCAACUUUGAUGGCUCUGCAGCACAAGCAGACAGUGAAACACUAGGGCCAUCACAACUUAAAAGACUUGAAAAUAUCCUUGCUUCACUGGUAAAGUCUGUUUCAAGCUUACACACUAAGGUUGAUCUGAUGUAUGACAUUAUGGCUCAACGAGGAAACCAUGAACCAUCUCCACCUACUCCACCAACAAAAUCUAUGUCUUCCGAACCCCUCUUAAAUAGUGGGGGUGGGGAGGGUAAAGAAUCCUCAAGACCCAGGCAACCUGCUGAGCCCAGCGACGAUGAACACAGGAAUCCUGACCCUGAGAUGAAUGGGAUUGCAUCCUCAGGGGAGACAUCAGUUGAAGGGUGUGAUAAGGCGCCAAGUGAUCAUGUAGCUGGUGCUGCAGAUGAUGAUGAUGGCAAUAACAUAAAUGCAGCAGAGUGUUCUUUUAAAGUAGAACUACAAGAAGAUGGUAACAGCGCAUGCGCAGUCUACAGUAGUCCCCAGCAGUAUGUGUUGGACCGAGUGAAAAUUGUGAUUGGCGACGAGGUUUUGCUCAAGUCAUCGUUAACAGGCUGUUCAAGGACGGAAAGGCUCAAUACAGAAGUGCUUAAAGAAAUCAAAGAUGACGUCAUAGCGCGCUUUCUCGCUGAUAAAUCAGACAAAGAAAAGGAGCAGGCCUGGGCGGCUUGUCUUCUGGAUAUCGCUGACUACUGCGAGAGCCUGCGAUCAGCAUGCAGCCGAGGCUCUGCCGGGAAUACUGCCGCUUGUAAUGAGGUGGCGAGAUUCACUGAGACUCAAAACGUGUCAACCGUACCUGACGAACAGGACAUGGUCAGCAUCGGAGGUCACCCUGACGUCACGCUACCACGUGACCUCUACAAGAAGGCGUUACAAUCGUCGUUACCUAAUCUGUACACUUUGGCCUUGUGUGACCUGUUGUUUAGCGUGGAGACCCUUGAGAAGUCCACCCUGACGGGAUUUGGCGGCACCGAGCCUCUUGACCCAAACAUCAUAGCGGCAAUAAAAGAUGAGGUCGUGGACAGGUUUGGUGUGGGCAAAAGUUCUGACGAAAGCCGCACAAUCUGGGCGCAGUGCCAAAACAGCAUUUCGAGUCGGUGCAAAAAUCUGCGCAGCAAGAUAACCCCCUCCGGUCGCUUAGCGACCCCAAGUAACCUAGCCAGUCCGACCAGCGUGACUGCUAGUUUCGACAGCAGUAAUGAUGACGUCAUGGACAUAGACAGCUCUGAUUGGUCGGUGUUGUCUGACGACGGUAAUACUGAAGCUUCCACCAACCAGCCUGCAGUGAGUAUUGGCGGCGAUCCCAUAGUCACCUUGUCGUACGACGAGUACCAACAAGCGUGCAAGAAGACGCAGCCUACACUCUUUGCCACGGCGCUCGCGGACAAAAUCUUUGGAUCUGAGCUGUUGAAGAUCUCGACGCUAACUGGCAAAGACAGGACCAACAGGCUGGAUCCCAACAUUGUCGAGGCUAUUAAAAAUGAUGUCCUUAAUCGCUUCGCAUCGGAUGCACCGCGAGAAGACCGAGAGCAAAUCUGGCUGAAUUGCCAACAAAGUCUCGCCAAUCGAUGCAAAAUGCUACGUUUCAAGGAAAAGAACGCUAGAUUCCAGGCCUCGCUCCGUCGGAAACAGCCGCUCAAUGCUCCACUCGUCCGGCAGCCAUUGACUAGCAAUCCCGCCAUCCCUUACGAGCAGGAGAGGAAACAAGCAAUCGAGGUUAUUACUGAUGAGGAAACGGACAGCGAGGAUCUAGAAGAUGUAAUGAUUGGGGAUGACCCAAACGUGACCAUGUCAUUGGCGGAUUACAAGGUGAUUAUCAAAAACCAUGACCCCAAGUCCUACGUCAUAGCGUUGGCGGAGAAGCUGUUUGGUCGCGCAGUCCUAGCAGAGUACACCGUGACAGGACGUUCAAAUACACCAAAGCUUGACAAGGAAAUCCUGUUUGCCAUCAAAGCUGAUGUUAUUGAGCGGUUUGCCAGUGAUCGUUCGCCUGCAGAACAGGAGUCGCUCUGGUACGAAUGCCUUCUCUGCCUCUCCACAAGAUGUCGGACGCUACGUUACCGGACACUAAAAAACAGUGAAGUACGUCCUGGGCAAGGCCUGUCCGAAACCUCGGACAUCACAAGUAUUAUCAUACGCGAUGAUGUUAGCGAGGAGAUACCCAAAUUAGUUACGGUUGGUGACGAGCCUGGUGUUACACUCACUACUGCACAGUACCAAGAAUUAGGAAAGUUGAGUCACUGCAACAAGUUCGUCAUUGCUUUAGCUGAGAUGCUGUUUGGUGUGGAGACGUUAUCGACCGCCAGGGUGACAAACAACCUGGCCCGAUCACAGCUCGACCCUAAGAUCCUUAGAGCAAUUAAAAGUGAGAUCAUCAAACGCUUCGGUAUAGGCAUGACGCCGUACGACCAGGAGAAACUCUGGAGCGACAGCUUUACUAGCAUAGCGCUCAAGUGUCGAACCUUGCGAUGCGCCCGUCAAAAGCCACACCCAGACACAAACCAAGCUCAGCUUGUUCGCACAACACCCUUUAACACACAAUCUAGGGCAGUGACUAUCCACGAAGCCACGGGCGCUAGGAUAACGACAGCUCAGGAGGCAUUAAGUUCAAGGGACUCGGGUGUGACGUCUCCUCGCUUCGCCACAGGGUUACCAGAGGAUAGUUCGAGAGUUAUUAUAGGCGGUGACCCAAGCGUGACCCUUCCUCGUCAUAAGUUCGACUCUUUGCGGACUGCUCACCCCAAUAAGUACGCAAUAGGACUGGCGGAGAAUCUGUUCGGUAGGGAGAUCAUGGCCCGGUCAACCGUUACUGGGCAGGGCCGUACAUCCAGGCUGGACGAGAAAAUACUUUGUGCAAUAAAAGCGGACGUGCUGACGUAUUUCGCGGCGGAUAACACGCCAGCCCAGCAAGAACAGCUAUGGGCCGCCUGUAUACAAAGCAUCGCCGCUAAAUGCAAGACGUUGCGGUAUGCGAAGAAGCACUCCCAGGGACCCUUUAGCCGUCAACCAGACGAAGACAUGACCAACACCCCGACACAGCCAGAGAAGAUGGAAGUUCUGGUAGGCGGCUACCAGGAUGUGACGUUACCGCUGGACGAGUUCAGACAGAUCACGGUGGAGAUUGAGCCAAGUAACUACGCCGUAGCGCUUGCCGUUCGGUUGUUCCCAGACGAAGUCCUGGAACGAGCUGCAGCGGGCGAGGGUACUAGAUCUCUCGACGACACUAUCCUCAAGGCUAUCAAAGGAAAACUUGCCAUUUUUUUGCUCUGUCCGACGACACUAUCCUCAAGGCUAUCAAAGCGGAUGUACUUGGAAGAUUUGCAGCGGAGAAAACGCCCGAGGAACGAGACCUGAUUUGGGACAAUUGUCUCGCAGCCAUUACACAAAGAAUCCGUAAUCCCUCGCUCGGCAAAGGAAAACAAAUCUAGGCAACCGUCAUAUGGCGUGUUGUUAUCUAUAGCAAAGGCUCUUUUAUAUUGUAUUUAUAUCCACAUUUUUGUCAGAAGAUUUUAUCGAUGCGUGACAUCUAGUAUUUAGCUUGUUAUUUAAACUAAAAAAAAAAUCGGUGAUUCUUUAAUAGUUUAUUUAUUGUGCUAAUAAAGUACACUUAUACACUGCAAUGCAAUACACUUUAUUUGACGAGGGUAACGUGAUAACUUUUGACAGUUUUCUAACCCAUGGCCCUCCUAAACUAUGGUAUACUAGAGCUUAAGAAUUCCGUAAAAAAAUCCACACACAGAUAUUUGCCUUUUGAAUUAGCGUUUAAUUACUGAGACUGACAAAUAAACUAGUCUCUUAGCAACGUGUGUUCUGUUUCACGUACUUUGCGAGUGCUGCGGACUUGCUACAUUUGUUUUUGUUGUAGAGCCGGUACUUUUUGUUGAACCAGUUUCUCCUAAAGCAAACAACCGCUGCCGCAUCGCAUUUACAUUUCUCGUAGCCGCACCUGGAUACAUUAACUGUCUUCUUCCAUCGCCAAAAUCCAGAGGUCUUCUUUCCUGUUUAUCAUAUUACAAAAAAAGUAAAUAAAUAUAUAUGUAUAACGUCUACUCGAUGCUGUUCUGAUUUUUGAUAUAUAUUCUUUAUAGCUUUAUUUUACAACAUUGUAGUAAAAAAAGAGCCCUAAAUGGUCGAGAAGAGUUGGUGAUUAGAGUACACACGUACGUUUGAAGCGCUUUAUACUGAAAUAAAAAGAAUAGACCCUGUU